AUGAGAUUGUCUGUCCCAGCUGAAGAAAGACUCGCUGUAACUUUGAGGAAUAUUGGCUUCGCUGUGAUACAUCUUCAUCAGCAUCCCUACUAUCUUCUUCGCAACAAAUGUCCUCUGCGUUGCCGGAGGUCUCUCGAGUGUCCAUGCUUGGGACAAGGAAUAAAAAUGCCUCAUGCUCUCAGUGACAAAGAUUUGCUCACAGGAGCUAAGUGUGAAAGCUGA